ACUGCGAUAAACGGCUCGUUCAAAAUUUAUCGUUCGUGAUAACUAUGGCUUGUCUAAAUACAUUGAAACAAGAAAUUUUCGGUACACACCAUGAACGAUUUCAAAUUGCCUCCGCCAGUGUCGACGAAUUGAGCUGUAGAUUCAUAGGAAAAUCGGGAAAAAAGAACAUCGUCCCUGGGAAUAUAACGUUACAGUCUGAGGUGCAAAAAGUUUUAAGCAAAGCGGUUGUUACGCCCGACUUUGAACAGCUGACAUCUGUGCCUCCAUACGAGGUAUUAAAAAGGAAACUUCUGCGAGAGAGAAAGAAGGAAAAGGAAAAAACGAACGGCACUGGUUGGUUUGGAAUGCCAGCUACAGAAAUGACCGAUGAAGUCAAGAAUGACUUGGAAAUUGUACAAAUGAGAUCCGUCUUGGAUCCUAAACAUUUUUACAAGAAAAGCGACUUGAAGGUUCUGCCAAAAUAUUUCCAGAUUGGUAAAGUAAUGGACUCGCCGUUGGACUUCUACAGCAACCGGCUAACGAAAAAGGAGGUCAAGAAGACUCUGGUCGAUGAGCUGUUGGCAGACGCCGAGUUUCAGCAGCAUAAUAAGAAAAUAUAUCGUUCAAUCAUGGAAGAGAAGCAGGAAACUCACUAUAAAAGCUGGAGAAAAGCGAAAAACUUAAAAAAGAAGAAAAACAAAUAAAUUCUAUAUUAAAAAUAGCAGAUACUUUAAUUUCCAACUUCAUCAAAGCUCCAAAAAUGCACUAAGGUAGUCUGUGAACAAACGUGUAGGUUUCAAAGAAGCCCAAUUGAUGAUGUAAAGGUUUAUUGCAGUUAAUUCUACUAGAGGGGAUAAAAUGUGCUUUUUUGUACCGAAUUUAGUAAAGUUGGUUUGCGGCGCAAACAUUAUUUUCAACGAUUCCAGAUCCGGUUACAAUUCCAGAGAAGAGGUUCGUAUAAAGAUACAAUAAUAACAAAUUUUCGUGAAGACUAUCAGAUGAAAAUGAAAAUACGUACACCCAAAAACAGGCAAUGCAGGUGUGUAAAAUGUAUUAUUUAGAGCAACCUUUUUAAUUUUUUUUGGCAG